AUGGCGCCGUCAGCAACCCUGCCCAUUACAUCCCAACCUGGUGUUGAAACUACCGUCACCAAACAUGUCGACCCUAUGGCCGCCAUGGCCCACAAGGGCAAGGCGCUUCCCGGCAUCCCCCAGUUCAAGUCGAAUGCUGAGAAGCGACAGUGGCAACUGGAGCAUAUGGCUGCUGCCUUUCGUGUAUUCGCACGAGAAGGCUAUGCGGAGGGCAUUUCAGGACACAUCAGCGUACGAGACCCUGAGUUCGAGGAUCAGUUCUGGAUCAACCCACUCGGAGUACACUUUGGAAUGCUAAAGGCCAGCGACAUGAUCUGCGUCAACGUGGAUGGCGAUGUGAUCGGAGGGAAUGUGGAUGGCUCAAUCAACGCCGCCGGCUUCCAGAUCCACAGCGCGGUGCACCGCUCACGGAAGGACGUCCACGCAAUCUGCCACACGCACUCGGUUCAUGGCCGCGCAUGGUCUGCAUUUGCAAAACCGCUUGAGAUGAUCAACCAAGACGUGUGCUACUUCUACAAGGCCCAUUCCGUAUACUCGGACUACGGCGGUAUCGCGAACGAGUCGUCUGAGGGCCAAAGGAUUGCUGAAAGCCUUGGAGAUGGAAAAGCUGCAAUUCUGAUGAAUCAUGGACUCCUAACCGUAGGAGAGACCGUCGACGAGGCAGCCUUUCUGUUCUGUUUGAUGGAGAGAAGUUGCAAGGUGCAACUAUUGGCCCACGCGACUGGACUCGAGAAGAAGAUCGUGAGUGACGAGGAAGCUGCUUACAACUUUAAGAUGGCUAGCACCCCAGAAACACUUUUCGUUGAGUUUCAGCCUCAUUAUCAAUAUGAGGAAUUUUUAUCGAAUGGCCAUUUCAAGCAGUAG